UCUAGCUACUCUUCUUCUUCUUUCCUCUUAUUUUAUAUAGGAACCCUCCUCCUCUCUUUCAAUUCACUCUCAAAACCCUCUUCAUUAUCUCUCUUUUUCCUCUCAUAACAAUGGCAAAAGUUGACAGGCUAACAAAGCUCAAGUCAGCCAUGAAGAGAUUCCCAUCUUUAGGCAAACUUUCGCGCAGCAGCAGCGCCAUAGCUGCCUCGGACGUCAUGGAAUCUGAUCAUCAACAUGGGAAGGGUACAGAGGAUCUUCAGGCAGUGUAUGUUGGAAAGUCAAGGAGAAGAUAUUACUUACCUUCUGAUACCAUUUCUCACCCCCUCUUUCAGGAGCUUAUUGAUAGGUCGUCAAGUGCUGGGGGCCUUAAUGAAAGAAAUGGAGAAGUUGUGGUGUCUUGUGAAGUUGUGUUGUUUGAGCACUUGUUGUGGAUGCUUGAGAGUGGUGAAUCUCAGUUAGGUUCCAUGCAGGAGCUUGCUGAGUUCUAUACUUGCUGAUUAUUAUUGUUAUUAUUAUAAUCAUUAUAAUGAGGAUGAUGAAUGUUGUAGUUAGUAUUAAUUCUAGGCAUGCAAAUUUGGAUGGUGAGGAUUAACCCACUUGUUGCACCCCCGGCUGAUGAUGAUCGAUGAAGAAGUUCAUGAAGCUGGUCAGGAUGAACUAUGUUUCUUGGUUAAUUACUAUUAAGAACUUGAUUAGGAAUAUUGUACUCAUAUUUAUCAAGUGUGAUCUCUAAUGGAAAUCAAUUAAUUUUUCUUUAA